AUGGCGGCCGUGGCCUCCCAGAGAGCAAAACGGCGACACUUCAAGACCAAGCGGAAAGCAGAAGAUGAGCUGAGACGUCAAGUUGACUUCAAUUCCGAUGACAACAUGGAGUACCAUGUGCCACUUGACACUUACAAUCAAAGUCCAAUCCCCACAUUGUCCACUAGCAGUGUAUCAAAUGACCCAAGGUUUCUCGACGAGAUCGCGUUAUUGAAACGUGGUGUAAUCACUCGUGACACUCCAAAACACACAUACAGACGAGGACUGUCAGCCGAAGAUCCUAAUGUUGGAGGAAUACAUGAUGACAAUUCUUGCGCCAAAGCGAGUGAUGGAGGAACCAAGCCGCAAAGCUCGGGAACCAGUGUUUUGUCAGAGGAUUCAACUAGAAAUACAAUUCGUAGCUUCAUAAUUUCUCCGAAAAAUGUGAAAGAGUUCAGUGUGGGAUUCCCUGGUGAGAAUGCAACGCUUCGAAUAAGUUCGCUUUCUCGGAAUGGAGAAAGUUAUGAACUCAGCACCGGAGACGACGUCUGCGUUCUUCAGCAAAGACCUGAGAAUGUCGUUCUGAUUACUUGGAAAAAUUAA